AUGGCUGCCCCCGCACACAGCAGCUGCAUGUGGAUGCUGGUUCUGGGCACCUGUGUGUCGCUGGUGGUCGGAUCAGACUGUGGAAAGGAGUGUGCACUCUGUGUGUACCACCUGCUGGGACAACAGUCUGCGCUCUCAGCUCUGACAUGCUCACUUGAGUGCGACGGUGGGUUGGAUAGCCAGAAGCUGCGCCUGUGCCAGGACUUUCUAAUGGAAGAGGAAAACCUCCUUCCUCUGGACACUGACCCCCAUCAACAGCAGGAACAGGAAGCAGUGGGCACCAUCACAGCUGAUUAUGAGGACAAAACAUCACCGGAACACCAGAUGGCCAAGAAGUACGGUGGCUUUAUGAAACGUUAUGGCGGUUUCAUGUCUCGCCGCUCCUUCUCACCAGACGGGGCGCUAGAGGAUCCUGGAAUCCAGGAUGAGGAGGAAAACAUUCGCCUGGAGAUCCUGAAGAUCCUGAAUGCAGCAGCCAAGCAGAGCAGUGAGGCGGAUGGUCAAGGAGGAGAGGUGGUGAAACGCUACGGCGGGUUCAUGCGUCGGGCUGAAGGGGGCGUGGCACCAGGCAACCUGCUGGAGGCGGUGCUCGGCCGUGGGCUCAAGAAGCGCUAUGGAGGCUUCAUGAGGCGCGUGGGUCGGCCCGAGUGGCUGGUGGACAGCAGCAAGAAUGGAGGCGUGUUGAAACGCGCUUGGGAGAAUGGCAGUGAGCUACAGAAGAGGUAUGGAGGCUUCAUGGACUAGGACGCCACACUUCCGACCAUUAGAGCCCUCGGUUUUGUCAACACCCUUUUAUCAGCCAGUCACCUUGUCGUCUGAACUUGUUGGUGUUUGAGUAAAAUCCCUGCUAGUCACAUUUAUCACCUGCCUU